AUGACAGACAUCAUCGGCACCGACUCUACCAACUUCCGCACCCUCCCCGGCGCCGAAAAAGCCACCUCGGGCCACACCUACGUCGUCGCCGACCCCUCCACACAAACCGAAGAUGACGGUAAAGGAUGGAAGACCGCAGGGGAAGGACGCGAGGAGCGCCAGAUUGAAGAGCACCUACCCGCACCGACGGGCAUUGACCGUCCGCCAAACGAGAAAUCGUCCGUCGCGGCGAGCGCGGGAGAGAAAUUGAGUGGUGGGCAGAGUUUGCAGGGUAAUACGAGUACUUCGACUACGCAGACGUCGCAGCCAGCGAAGAAUGUGCAGCGGCCCUCUGGUGCGCAGAUGGGCGAGCUUGACCAGGCCGCUUCGUCUUUGCUUUCGAAUGGUGGUGCAAAUUCAGCGAACUACCGUAACCCAGAAUUUGAACCUCGUACAUCCAUCAACCCCUCCGCCAAAGCAGGAGACUCCCUCCCCGGCAGCGGUCUCCCCGCUCUCAGCGACCCCGUCUACAACGAAAAUGCCAGAGCAGCUCGCCCUACUGCAGCUGAGACGCUCAACGGCGCAGACUCGAGACAACUUCAUGACGGGAUCGGACACCCUGGUGCUGGUCAGACUUCCGCUGAGCUUCACCACGAUGGUCAAACUCACAGGAAGAAGCAAGGCCAGGGUACCGACCAGUACGGUCCAGGUGGCAGGGAGGGCGAAGAGCCUACGCAGCGAAGGCUUGAGUGA